CAAAGGCUCGUGCUGAAGUGAGGGUCUCCUCUGCGUCUCUCUGCUGCUCUGUGAAAGGAUCCACUGAUGAAGAGUUGUGCAGGGAUGUGGUGCAGCUGCAGCCUCCUCCUCCACAGGGCUCAGAUGGGUGCAGCCUGUGCUCAGCUCCUGUUGGCUGCCACCCUGUGGAUGAUGCCUCACAUGGGAGCCGCUGCUGCCGCUGCUGUGCUGUCGAGCUCCACAGAGCUGCUCAAUAUGACCAGAGCUGGAGCGGAAACACAGUCUGACUUCAGGAUGCUCACUGGAGCUGUCAGUGCUCCUCGCAGCAGGCGUAAACGAGCCAUUUCAUCCAGAGAGAUCAACGCCCUGCUGGAUUACCACAACCGAGUCCGCUCUCAGGUCUCCCCCCCCGCAGCUAAUAUGGAGUUCAUGCUCUGGGAUGAGAGACUCUCGAAGUCAGCUGACUCUUGGGCGUCACGAUGCAUUUGGGAUCACGGUCCGACACAAGCCAUGAAAUACAUGGGCCAAAACCUGUCAGUCACUUCAGGAAGGUACCAGUCCAUCACUGAUCUGGUCAGGUCCUGGUACGAUGAGAGACAUCACUUCUCCUUCCCGAACAGAUGCAGCGGGUCUGUGUGCUCUCACUACACACAGAUGGUGUGGGCGAGCACCAACAAAGUGGGAUGUGCUGUCAGGAAGUGCUCUAAUAUGAUUGUGUUCGGGAGCACCUGGAGGGAGGCAACACUGCUGGUGUGCAACUACUCUAUAAAAGGAAACUGGGUGGGAGAGGCUCCCUAUAAGAGCGGGAAGCCUUGUUCUGUCUGUCCGUCCAGCUACGGCGGCUCCUGCUGGAGAAACCAGUGCUCACCAAACACAAAACCCAAAAGACGUACAAGAUAUUAACUCAGUUUUUAAUUGUGUUUUAAUGGAAGUGAAAGAAAGACAUAAUUCAUGUAAAGUUUUAACCAACGGGGCUGCAAAAUAAGACAGUUAUGGCAAAACAUAAAGUGACGCAGCUGUUCAGUUACCACUAUGUUCAAGUAAAUCUUUAUUAAUGAAUGUUUCACACACAAGUGAGUUGAUGUAGUGGUAUGAAUGUUUAUAUCUUUAUUGCUGUCAGUCAUCCACAGGCCACAAAAAGCUAGUUACAAGAACAGAAGUCUUUUAUCGGGUGAAAUAGUUGCCUG